AUGAGCGAAGCUCCGAGUUACAAUGAAUCAAUGCCCACCGGCGGCAACCCACUCGAGAUGGACGUGAACGCCCAGUACGUGGGCUUCGAGUACAACUACACGUACCUGAUCUUCUGCGGUUUUAUCGUGUGGCUCAUCAUACCCGGAAUCGGUCUUCUUUACGGAGGCCUCGCCCGCCGAAAGUCUGCCCUCGCCCUUCUAUUCCAGUCCCUGAUGGUCGGGGCUGUCACCACCUUCCAAUGGAUGUUCUGGGGCUUCUCCCUGGCCUACAGCCGCACGGCGGGCCCCUUCAUCGGUGACUUGGCCAACUUUGGGCUGCGCGACGUUGUGGCAGCCCCGUCGAUUGGCAACCCUACCAUCCCGGAUAUCGCGUUCUGCCUCUACCAGCUCCUGUUCUGCGCCUGUACAGUGCAGAUUGUGGUUGGUGGUGCCUUUGAGCGUGGACGUAUCAUCCCGUCUCUCGUCUUCGGGUUCUUCUGGGCUACGAUCGUGUACUGCCCCAUUGCUUGCUGGACGUGGAACCCCAACGGCUGGCUGUACAACCUGCCUUCUCUGGAUUUCGCUGGUGGCGGCCCUGUGCACAUCGCCUCUGGGUGGGCGGCAUUGGCUUAUGCCCUGGCCCUUGGCAAGAGAAAGACAAGCGCGGACGACAAAUCCCACGGCAAGCCGCACAACACGACUCUCGUCUUUCUCGGUACUGUGUUCAUCUGGUUCGGGUGGUUCGGCUUCAACGGCGGCUCAGCACUCAAUGCUAGUGUCCGGGCAAUGUACGCUGCCUUCAACACCAACACUGCCGCGUCAACGGGAGCCAUUGGGUGGGUCAUCGUGGACUACAUCAGGCACAAGAGACGCUUCAGCGUCGUUGGCGCUUGCGAGGGUGCCAUUGCUGGCCUUGUCGGCAUCACGCCAGCAGCAGGCUACGUCAGCGUGUGGCUUGCCGCUGUGAUUGGUUUCCUCACGGCCGUCGUGUGCGCACUGAUGUCAGAUGUGAACCUGUGGCUGCAUAUUGACGAGGGCAUGGACGUCUUUAAGCUGCACGGGAUUGGCGGCAUGUGUGGCUCCUUUUUCACUGGCAUCUUCGCUACGUCUUCCGGAGCCGCAAUACUAAUUUUGAAACUUAUAGUCUCUGCCCUAGAUGGCGUGACUCUCGCGUCCGGAGGUAUCGAUGGAAAUGGAAUCCAAGUUGGUAAACAGUUUGCAGAGAUCUGCGCCAUCUCCGCGUAUUCUUUUGUGGUUUCCUUUGCCCUGCUCAUGAUCAUGAAGUAUAUCCCUGGCCUACACCUUCGUGUUUCAGAUGAGGCCGAAGAGCGAGGGUUGGACUUGGACCAGUUCUUCGACGAGCAGAUUGGUGACUGGAGCUACCUAGACAUGGUCCAGAAACACCAGAAUACCACAAUCCUGGGCCAGGUUGCGCGAGGAAGUGACUCAUCCUCCACAAGGGAGGGAAUGACGGAAGAGAGGAAGGGAGUCAGUGUUGAUGGAGUCAAGGCGGCUUGA